AUGCCUCAGUUUGACGAAUCCAAGGCGUAUGCUAAGCAGGAAGACACCGUCUUUUUCGACGACGGCCGAGAGAUUGAGCUUCUGCACUAUGUCUAUGGUCGAGACGACAUUGAUGAGUUACGUGGCUCGCCGAAGCGUAUUCUCCAAGCUAUUGAUGAGUUUGCUCGCACAAAGAAGUAUCUCAUGAAUGUUGGCGAGGACAAGGGCAAGAUUAUCACGGACUUGAUUGCUGAGGUGAAGCCUAAGGUCAUGGUUGAACUUGGUGGUUACGUGGGUUACUCGACUCUUCUCUUUGCCGACGCCGUGCGUUCCUCAGGUGGUUCGCACUACUAUUCGCUUGAACGCAACCCCGAGUUUGCUGCUGUCAUCACCUCACUCAUCGACCUCGCGGGCCUACGCUCCGUCGCCAGCGUAAUCGUCGGUCCCAGUGAUAAAUCCCUCUCACGCCUCCACGCAGACGGCACCUUUACCAAGAUUGACCUCAUGUUCCUAGACCACUACAAGCCUGCCUACCUCAGCGAUCUUAAGCUCUGCGAGCGUCUCCGCCUCGUGGGACCGGGCACCGUCCUUGCCGCGGACAACGUUAUAAAGCCAGGUAACCCGCCGUAUCUGGCCUACGUGCGGAGCAGCGUGGAAGAGAAGAGGGCUGGACCAAAGAGCGCAGAUGAGGCGGAGGGUGAUCCGAAUUUGGUGUAUGAGAGUCGGUUGAUCAACAGCUUUGAGCCGACGGGUAUUCCGGAUGGCGUUGAAAUCACAAGAUGCACAGGUAGAGAGAAUUAG